AUGAGUUACGUAAAAGCCAAAGUAAAUCAGUCGGAUAUGAAGGAGUCUAUGCAACAGGAGGUGGUGGAUAUCUGUGCACAGAUUAUGUGCGACCCAGAGAUCACCCCAGUUCAAGUGGCCACGGAGGUGCGGAAGUACUUUGAUGAACAUCACGGAGCCUCGUGGACUUGUAUUGUUGGCAGAGAUUUCAGCAGCUCGUUCGCCUACGAGAAAAAGAAACACAUCUCGUUGGAUAUCGGUGGGCAACAGAUCCUCCUCUUUAAAAGCGCGUAG